UCACUGCAAGAUCACCGAAGCAGCUGUUGAAAAGGAACGAGAUUGUAGACUCAGCUAUCACUACAUCGGCACGUCAACAAGGCAACCGGGACAAUAUCGAGAACACGCGGGCUCCUGAGUUUAGCAGCGGACUUGCAGCAUGGCAAAAGAAAAGAAGUACAACCCAGUACAGGCCCAGCACAAGGCUGACAAGGCCAAGGCUGUCAAGAAAGGCAAAGCAGAGCAGCAAGCAAGAAGAAACGAGAAGCUCGCCCAGAGGAAUCCGGCCAGAAUAGAACAGCAAAUCAACGAUCUUAAGGCUAUAAAAGAAGGCGGCGGGAAGCUUACCGCUCUCGAAGAGCAAUCACUCGAGGCGUUGGAGAAGGACUUGAAGGCAGUCAAGAAAGCUCGUGAAGCUCUCGGAGACCGAGCGCCCCAGUUUGGUCGUGGGGGUCCGUCAAAGCCAGGCCAGAGAAACGACGGAGUACUUGGGAAGCGGAGAAGAGACGAGGACGAGUCGAGUGACGACAGUGAUGUUCCCGAGGACGUGAGAAGAAUACCUAUGCCGCGAGACACACCGCCGCCCAUCCCCAAAGAGAUCAUGGACGAAUGGUACGCCAAGCGUCGGGCCAAAAGAAACGCAAACCAGGAGCCAGUGGCAGAAAGGGCUCAGUCAGAAAAUUCUGCCACGCCAGCACCAGUUGUGGAGUCCAAGACAGUGUACGAGGCCAAGCCGGUGGUGAGAGACUUGCGGAAGGAGGCGGUCAGCGCAUUCGUUCCCACACAUGUGCGUAUGAAGAUUGAAAAGGGCAAGGGACAAGGCGGCCUCCUCGAGCCUGAAGAAGCUGAUCAAUUGGAACGGGAAGGCUACCUUCGGGCGCCUGACACCCAGCAAUCUGCCCCAAGCAAGGUUCCUCAUGGGGUGACGCUUGAGGAAGUGGAAGACGAAGACAACUAAUCUGACAACCCCAACCCACCGGUUUAUCUGAGAAAUGUCUCACAACGCUCAGAGUCCGCCGAGUGCGGCCAAUGUCUCAUGGGAAGCCUCUUCGCAGCAUUCCACACUGACGCCCGACAUUUGCUUGGCAUCAAUGCUGGGAGAGUGUUUGGUGAGGUUGAUAGCCAAACCAGGUGUCACUGGGCACCCUGCAAUCUCCAGUCUGACAACCCCACAGUGAUACGAUAUGGCUGCAGAGAUCUUGUCAAGGUCUUGGUCGCAGAAUGGUUGUACCUGUCAAACUGCUUUCAAUAUGUCAUGCUCACUCUGGUUGGAUAGGAGUGACCGAUACAAAUGCCACUGCACAGCGCAUUGGUGUCGUCCCAGCUUUUUUUAAGGUUCCUGCAUCAGAUGGACCCUGAUCCUGAAUGCGAUCAGAUUGAUAACUGCAAAGGGCAAGGAUGCGCAACAUUCCUCCCAAGCAACUGGAUGAGAACAUGGAGGAAUAUAAGACUGGCGGAAGCGACUGGAAGAUGGUGCACUGGAAAUUUAUCUUCCACACAACUUACCGAUCCCAACCACAUCACACACGCCUGACACCGGAAUGUUGGACCUUGUGCAAACCGCUUACGGCCACAAAACAGCGCACGUGCAUGGAUAUAGCAUCGUGGUGGCAUCUGCAAUGGCAUUUCGUCAACAUUUGAUGACCGCUGCUCAAUAGGUAGCUUCUUGUUCCUGUUCUUUGCGAUGAGCUUUGACGCAUAGUACGGCGUGAUCUGAUUCGAUAGGUACCCAGAGCGGCAGAUAUCAUCACCCAGUUUCAUCGCAUCGGAAGACCAUCAUGGAAAUAAAAGUGCUCGAGAAUUCUGGAUGUGCGUGUACUCAUAAUAAAACUUGCGUUUCCUCUUCUUCUUACGUCUUCAUAGAUCCCGACUACCCUGUUUUGAACUACCUCCAACAAGCCCUAUCACACCCCCUUCCCUCCCAAAUGUUGAAACUGACAUGGCAACAGCAGCAAGAAGCACAAAGGAAUGAACGCAAAGGGUCCAACAACAUAAAGAAACAAUGAAGAAAACCAUGUGCUCGAUAACUCGCCUUCUCUUCAACCAAAGCAAAUGCUAUGCAUAGCAAUGCUCGACCUUCAAGACAAAAGUCCACCGCAAGUAGCAAAAGUAAAAGCAACCAAUAGAGACUACAACAAGCAAAGAAAAGAAAACACGCUUGAUAUCCCCCCUUUCCCACUGCAUCCAUGCCCAAUCAAUGUCGCUUCAAUUGUUUCCUUUAGGGUUCGAAUCCCGCCCAUUUGCCAACCACCAUACCAAAAGUCUCCUGGCAUAAACCACAAACCGAUAGAGAUAAUAGAAGUAAA